GUCAAACCUGCAGCAGUUGGUGGAUGAGAUGAUCGAUGAAAGCACUCUGCAGCCCAUCCGAGAGAUCCGGAGAGAUGAUCAGCUGGCAGACAGGCUCUCUCAGGAGCUGCUUCAGCUGCUGCGGGCGGUGACCUUGGACGAUGGCCAGCUGCGGAGCUUCAUCGAUGGCCUUCGGAACUCCCUCCACCUCACCCAAGGCCCUCCGGGAACGGGCAAGUCCUACCUGGGAGUGGUCAUGGUGCGCGCGCUGCUGAUCAUCCGAAAGCUUUGGCAGCAAGUGAAUGCCACCGUGGGCACGCCGCCCAUCCUGGUCCUUUCGUACAAGAACCACGCCAUCGACGAGUUCCUCUGUGACCUCAUCCAAGCCGAGCCCCGCCUCGGCAGAGGCAACGUAGACAUGAUCCGCAUCGGAGGGAGCGCCAGCAUGGACCCCCGGCUCAGCAGCUUCUCGGAGCGGUACCUGGGCCGACGGGAUCCGCAGGUGGCGCAGCUGAAGCAGACGCUGGAGUGGCUCCACGACUUGUCCAACGCCUGCAAGGCCCUGGUGGCCCAAUCCUCCAGCUUCGCGGGGCACAAGGCCGAUAUGUUUGAUCGAGGGCAAGACCAGAGCGAUGCUGCUCAGAAGAAACGCAACAGGUGCGCCUAUGCGGCUACCGAGAUGCUCAUGGCCACGGUGAUUCGAUGCAAUGUGAUCCAAGCCGCCCUGGAAAAGGAAGACGACCUGCAGCUGUGCUGGGACUUGGACUUCAUCAGGGAGGACCUGAGCGACCCUCACGGGCGGAAAACCAAUCGGAAGAUCAAGCCCCAAAAGGUGCAGCAAGAGAUCUUGAAGCUGAAAGAGGGCAUCCAGCACUAUGUGGAUUUAGGCUUCGAUCAGUACGAUGAUCCAGGCGAGAUUCUGUACAUGUUCAUCCGCGGUGACCGGCCUCUCCCAAUGUGCGCCUAUCCGCCCUUCUGCCCUGAUCUGGCCUACGACGAGGAAGCCCCGCUUUGCGAAAAGCACCGGUGCUGCUUUGACCUGGAGGACUGCAGUUGGUGCCGCCAGCCGGUGGUGCCCGGGCGCCGGGCCUGUGCAGACCACGCCUGUGGCGCGGACGACUGUCCCUACCGGAAGCUGGUGGGGGAGGACUUUUGCAAGACCCACGCCUGCUUCACUUGCCUCAAGCUCGGGGACAAGGCGUUGAUGGCCAAAGACGCGCCCCCGAGGAACGUUUGCAAAAAGCACGCGCUAUGCACCCGCUGCUUGAAGCCGGCGCUGCCGGAGAAGUCCUACUGCGAGGAUCACGACCUGCGCUGCCGCGCCGAGGACGACGGCAAGCCCUGCGCGAACAAGGCGGUGUCCUCGUACAUCCCCUUCUGCAAGAAACAUUUCCACAACGUGAUGCGGCCGGGGCGAUGGCGGGUGGCCGAAGUGGCCGAGGCCGAGCUGGCUUCUGGCAGUGAGGAUGAGCCUCCUGUGCGGCCGGAGACGACAACUUGCCAGGGCUUGACCAAGAAGAAAAAACCGUGCAAGUCGAGAGCCAUGCCGGGGUCCAACUUCUGCAAUGCGCAUGCUCCUGCGAAAGACUCCUUCCAGGCGCACGCGAGCCAGGGGCCACAGUCCUUCUACCAGCCCGUGAAGGCGAAGGAGCCGGAGCUGCCGGAGCCGCCGGAGCCCUCGGAGCCGGCGGCGCCGGAAGAGGCGCCGGCGGCGCCGGAAGAGGCGGAAGAGGCGGAGGACUUUGCCUCGGUGGCGUCAUCUGAAGGCCGUCCUCCACAGAUCGAGGAGGGCAGGUAUGACAACCAAGACGAAGUGGAGGAAGCGGAGGGGCUGCAACACCUGCGCGAGGUGUUUGACACGGCGGACUGGAGCGACGAGUCCUCGGUGGAGGAAGCCGAGGAGGUCUUGGAGGAGCCACAAGAAGCGGAGGUGUGCGGUCUCUUGGACCCAAAGCAAUGGACCUGGGAGAUGACGCUGGAGGAGCGCUGGGAUUCCUGCUUGCUGCUCAUGGCAUCUCACCGGGAGCUUUUGCAGCAGGUCAUCGGGAAGAUCAAGCGUCAGAGCUGGGUGCAUCGGCGGGAUCUUCAUGAGGCAGAGGUGCGCGCCAACACCAAAGUCUACGAGAACAAGUCGGUGAUCGGGGGCACCAUCGUGGGCUGCAUCAGCCGCCUGGAGGCGAUCCGGUCCACACGGCCCUUUGCCAUUGUGGUGGAGGAGGCUUCGGAGGUGCUGGAGCCUCUGCUGUUCGCUUGCUUCUGCCCCUCCACCGUGAAGCUGGAAAUGAUCGGAGAUCACCUGCAGCUGCAGCCAUCCAUCAUGCAGAAGUUUACCUUUGAGAGGAUCAACAACGUCAACAUCUCCAUGUUUGAGCGCCUCAUCCGAGCGCCCGAUGAUCACAGGGUGCCCUCCUCCGUGCUAUCUGUGCAGCGGCGAAUGCGCAAGGAUGUGUGCGACCUCACCCGUGAAUACUACGCGGAGAUCACCAGCAUCGAGGACCACGAGCAGUGCUGGUCGCGGCGGAUCCCGGGGAGCCUCGCCCAUCGGAGCCAUUUUCAGGGCCGCGAGAUCCCAGGAGUGCAGUCCCACGUCUACCUUUGGACACACGCGGGCAGCCAGGGCAAAGCUGAGGUGGGCCUUUCCAAGAUCAACCGGCAGGAAGCCGAUAUGGCAGUUUGGCUGGCAUACUAUUUGGUGGAGUGCGGCGUACCAAAGAAAUCCAUCGUCAUCCUGACGCCGUACAAGGGGCAGCUCAUGCUCAUGCGGAAGAUACUGCUGAGCGACCAGACGGGCACCUGGCUUCUGUCCCGGGACAACACCGAGGAGAACCAGAUCCGGCUCUCCACGGUGGAUCGCUUCCAGGGGGACGAGGCGGAUGUGGUCAUCGCCUCACUGGUGGUGGAUGAGCACUCGCGGACCCCCUUUGUGAAGCUGGUGAACCGGAUGAUCGUGCUGCUGUCCCGCGCGCGGCUGGGCAUGUACAUCCUGGGAAACACCGGGUACUUUGAGAACUCGCGGCCCGAGAAGCACUGGCAACGUACUUUCGAGAUCCUCAAGGAGCCGUGCCUGACCUCGGACAGCAAGGCGGGUCCGGAUGUGGGCCUCUUCGAAGCGCCGCGGGUGGGCGCUGAGCUGCCGCUGGUGUGCCCCCAGCACACAGAGUCCACCUUCCGGGCGGCGAAGGCUUCGCAGCUGAAGCUGGGCUUCUGCAAGGCGAAGUGCGAGGAGCCGCUGAGCUGCGGCCACGGCUGCCACUUGGAGUGCCACUGGCCAAAGCAGAAGCACAACGACGCCUGCCAGGCCAUGGUGCCAUCGCCCUGCUCCCGCCACGAUGCGGACAUCACCUGCAAGAGCGUGUUUGCAAAUAGCGCGAACGCUACGGGCCGAGAGACUGUGCAGGAGGCGCUGCGCUCCUACCGCUGCCCGGUGAAGGUUCCCCUCUUGCUGCCCUGCAGCCACGAAGCUACCCUCAGCUGCGCGGAGGAGGAGGACAUCCAAAGCGGCAGCAAGGCCAUGCCGAGGUGCGACAAGCCUUCCCACACGCCGUAUAUCUAUGACGUGUGCAAGCACCCUCUGGACGUGACCUGCUUCAUGCUCUUGGAGUACAAGCGGAAUCCUGCCAAGGUGCCGCGGUGCGAGUACACCGUGGAGUAUUUGCCCUCUUGUGGCCACACCAUCUCUGUGAAGUGCUGGCUGAGGCAGUCCUACGAGCGCGCGCGGGAGCAGUUCAUUUGCCCCAAGAAGUUGGAGGUGGCUCUGCCGCGGUGCCACCACAAAGCCAAGGUCUCCUGCGCCGAAGAGCUGGAGCUGCGCAAGUGGGACGGAGGUCGCUGCAAGGAGCAGGGCAAGGUCUAUGAGGGGGAGGCGUACGGCCCGACGGACCGCGUUUGCAAAGAGACGGUGACCUUCAUGCGAAAGUGCGGCCACGAGGAGUCGGUGAGGUGCGAGCGAGCCUUCGACCUGGCGAAGAUCAAGUCGCACUGCGAGGUGCAGGUACAGAUGGUGCAUCCACAUUGUGGGCACGAGUGCCGCGUUCCCUGUCACAAGCAGCAAGAAUAUGCACAUCUGCCGCGGCCGAAUGGCCCCCUGGACUUUGCGGAGGAGUCGGCGCCGGCUCCCUCGGUGCUGCCGGGGGUGGUCUGCCAGAGCCAAGUCACCAUCCAGCGCCGCUGUGGUCACCAGACCAAAGUGGCCUGCGGCCGGCGCGGCACCUUGGGCCCCUGCGAGGAGAAGUGCCAGGUGGAAAGCCCGUUGUGUGGCCACAGCAUCGAGGUGCCCUGCUACGAGGCGUCGGCCAUGAAGGACUGGAAGCCAUGGCCCCGGGAGGUGGCGGAGAGCCUGAGGGAGGGUAAGCUCCAGGGGAGCGCGAGGCCCCAGGAGCAGCCCCCGCGGGAGCAGCUCCUGCACUUGGCCAAGACCUGCAAGAGCUCGGUGCAGGUGGUGCGGCCCUGCGGGCACGUGGCGCAGUUCGCCUGCACGCAGCUCGGGAAGAUCCUUCAGGAGGGGGUCAAGGGCCGGUGCAACGAGUCCGUAGAGCGGCCCCUGCGAUGCGGACACCUGGCGACGGCUCCCUGCCAGAAGCACCAGGAGUACGCGGAGGGCAAGACGAGCAUCACCUGCAAGGAGAAGGCGCUGCGAGAGUGCUGGAACGCCGCGCAGUGCCAGUCCCGGCGACUGCGGGUGGAUUGCUCCGCUUCUGGGCGGCUGUGCUGCGACCGGGAGACCGAGUGGAGGUGCGAAGCCGGGCACAGCUACCGCCUGAAGCUCUGCCGGGAGGGCUCUCCGGAGGUGUGCCCCGCCUGCCAGGAGGACCGCCUGACGCAGGAGAUCCAGGCAGUGACCGAGGCGCUCCAGGACGAUGUGCCCCUGCCGCCCUGGGAGUCGCCUUUUGAGUCCGAGGACCUGAAGGAGCUACCGCAGAGCCCAGAGCUGCGAGAGGAGUUCCGGUCCAAUCAGCUGGUGCUGCUGCAGAACUUCCAGACCCGCCAGGAGCGUGCCAAAGAGUGGCAGCGCCACGUCUUCGAGCCGAAGCUGGUGCCAGUUUUCCAUCAGCUCGAGAAGAACCAACGCGCUGGAUUCUUCCCUACCAUGGCAAAGGCGAACACGCUGAAUGGCAUCCAGGUGCACCGGGUGACGGUGGGAAACCUCACGGGCCUGGCCAGCAAACUAAAGGGAGAAGCCGUGCAGCUGCAGCUGGGGGUGGCCUACUCCCUGGCGGGCUGCCACGAGAACUGGCCCAACAAGAAGAACAAGCAGGCGGUGAAGAAUUGGAAGCAGCAGGGCUUCGAUUGCAUGGAGGCGCAGGAUCCCAUAGCGCCCAAGCGCUUCCUGGUGUGGGCGCCCUUUGCCAUCUACGGCACCCACCUCCUCAACGCGUCGCAGGAGCGCCUCUUGAAGGCGGCGGCCAUACUGGAGGCGAGAAGUGGCCCCAGCUCUUUGCUGCCGAGGCAGAUCCGCUUGGACCCGCCCAGCGGGCCUCUAGUGCUCGCUUCAGAACAGCCUGAACAUGGCCCGGACGGGGACGCCCGGUACGGCCAGAUUGAGGAGCUUCAAGGGACGUUGGCCGAGACCUUCGUCUUCCCGCGGGAGUGGGACGGCGCUUUGGCAGGCGGGCUCAGCGAUCGGCACGAGGCUGAGCUGAGACAGAAGCUGUCCUGCCUGAACAGCUCCGCCACGCCCUUCGCGGGGAAGAACCUCCUGCAGCAGCUGAAAGCGAGCUGCGAGGUGGCGCUGCUGGACUUGCUGCUAGCCCUGGAGCUUCCGGAUGAAGAGGAGUCUGAGGCCGCCUUGGAGACGUACUUGAAAGCCGUUCGAGCCACGCCGAGGCAGGAGGCUCACCCCCUGCUGCUCCUGGCCCUCUGUCGCCGCCCCGCGCCCAACGCGCCCAACGCGCCCAACGCGCCCAACGCGCCGCCGGCCUCGGUGCUGCAAGCCUUCCCGGCGCUGCAGCCGCUGCUCAGCGAGGCGGAGAAGGCGCGCCUGGCGCCUGAGACGGCGGCCGUGGCAGGGACGGAAGCGGCGGCGGUCUGGGAGGAGAUGAAGGAGACCAAAGGCUGCAGCUCGGAGGCGAUGGAUGAGCUCAUGGCGCUCACGGGCCUGAAGCGGGUCAAGGACACCGCAGUGGCACUCUACAAGUCGGCCCUGCAGUUCCAGCGGAUGAGUCCGGAAGCGCGGAAGGCAAACGCCAUGGCCUUGAACUACUGCUUCCUGGGGAAUCCGGGCACCGGCAAGACCACGGUGGCUCGCCUCUUCGCGGCAGUGCUCCAUGAUUCCGGGCUCCGCAGCAAGAACGUCUUCAAGGAGUGCGGGGCACAGAAGCUGAAGGACGACGGCAUCGACGAGUUCCGGACCUCCGCGCAGGAGGCGCUGGAUGGAGUGCUCUUCAUCGAUGAGGCCUAUGACCUCGAUCCACUGGGCGACAAGUUCAAGGGUGCGCCCAUUGUCAACGAGCUGGUGACGCUGACGGAGAACGAGAGGGCCAGAUUGACCUGCAUCCUCGCGGGAUACGAGGAUGACAUGAACAACAAGUUGUUUGCCUACAACAGCGGCCUGAAAAGCCGCUUCACGGAAGUGAUCUUUGAGGAUUUCGACGAGAGCGAGUUGAGCAAAAUUUGGGAGCAGAACAUGGUGAAGCGGGGCUGGUCGGCGGAAGACCCGCGCCUCACUGCUGUGGCGGUGCGGAGGAUCUCGAAGUCGAGGGGACAGAAGGGCUUCGGCAAUGCCCGGGAGGUGCGGAAGCGUGUGGAGAUGGCUACGGCGCGUGCCAUGAGCCGAGAGGACUGGAGCCCGGAGCAGAUGCUGCUGCGCUUUGUUGAUGUCAUCGGGGAGGACCCGCGGGCAAAUCCGAAGCUGAAAGCAGUGCUGGAGCAGAUCAAGGUGAAGACUGGGUGGAAGAGCAUCAAAAAGGCCAUUGACGACCUGGUGGAUGUCUGUGGGACCAACUACCAGCGGGAGCUGGAUGGCCAGUCUCCGCUCCCCGUUUUCCUGAACCGCUUGUUCCUGGGGAAUCCCGGCACAGGCAAGACCACCUGCGCCAAGCUCUACGGCGACGUGCUGAAGCGCCUGGGCUUUCUGAGCUCCGGGGACGUGGUCUUCAAAACCGCCGGGGAUUUGGGGGGCUCCGUGGUGGGAGAGGCGCAGCAGAAGGUGAUGUCGGUGCUUCAGUCCGCUGCUGGGAAGGUCUUGGUGAUAGAUGAGGCCUACAAUUUGGACGACAACUUGUAUGGUAAGCAGGUUCUGGACGUCUUGGUGGAGAAAGUGCAAGGAUCCGAGAAUGACGACCUCGCCGUGCUGCUUUUGGGCUAUGAGGAGCCCAUGGCGGCCAUGCUGCGGAACCAGAACCCCGGCCUGGCGCGGCGCUUUCCGCUGGACAUGGCCUUCCGCUUCGAGGACUACACGGACCAGGAGCUCCAUCAGAUCCUGCGGAAGAACUGUCAGCAGAAGGACGUAAAGCCAAGCUCGGUCUUUCAGGAGAAGGCCAUGAUCAAGCUGGACAUGCUCCGGAGGAGCAGUUCCAACUUUGGGAACGCCGGGGCGGUCGAGAACUUGCUCAAGGCUGCCAUGCUGAAGGCUUCCGCUCGAGGUCAUGCGCUGCAGCUCGAAGCGUGCGACAUUGACCUGGGCGAUGAGGGUGCGGAGGACCCGUUCGGGCCCUUGGAUGAGCUCUACCGCAUGGACGGUGUCAAGCAGAGGCUGCAGCAGAUGAGCAACGCCUUUGCCGUGGCACAGAAGGAGGGCGCAGAGUGCCCGGAGCUGGGCCACUUCGUGUUCACCGGGGCGCCGGGCACCGGCAAGACCACCGUGGCCCGCGUCAUGGCCAGGAUUCUUUUCCAGCUCCGUCUUCUACCAAAAGAUCACGUUCAAGAAACAUCCGGCCUCAAUCUCACGGGUGAGUACGUGGGGCAAACCAAGAAAAAGGUGGAGGAGCAGUUGGAGGCCGCCAAGGGCGGGGUGCUCUUCAUCGAUGAGGCCUACGAGUUGGGCAAGGGGCCGUUUGGCGCGGAGGCCUGUACCUCCAUCGUGGCGGCCAUGACGGACCCCAAGUACCGAGGCGUGGUCAUCAUCAUCGCGGGGUACCCGGGUGACAUCAACCAGAUGUUGGACACCAACCCCGGGCUCAAGAGCCGCUUCACCCACUUCAUUCCCUUUGAGGACUGGGCGGCGGAAGAUUGCCUCCACCUCUUCCGAAAGAGAGCGGCCAAGGGGAACUACGCCCUGCCUGAGGCAGCCGCCCAAGCCCUGCAGGAGGGUUUUUGCCAGCUGCUGCUGUUGGAUGGCUGGGGCAACGCCCGGGACGUGGACAAGAUCUGGAAGCAGUCGCUGCAGCAGCGGGCCAACCGCGUCGUCCAGGCGGACGAAGGCGCAGAGAAGACCCUCCAGCUGCAGGAUGUUCAGCCAGCUCUGGAGCAGAUGCUGGCAGCAAGGCGAGGAAGGCCAAAGCCCAGCAUGCCAUCCUUCGACUGGAGGGACUUACCCUGCCAGGGCCAAGAGAGUCACGCUGAACGUGUGGAGCAAGCUCAAGGCAAGCAAGAGGGCAAGGACGAUACCCAGGAGGCGCCUCCACAAGCAACAGACGGCAGGGACCCCGGGGUCAGCGACGACGUGUGGGCGGAGCUGCAGCGAGCCAAGGAGGCCUUGGCAGAGGAGGAGGCGCGCCAACUCAGAGAGCAGCAGGAGGCCGAGGCCCGGGAAGAAGCCAUCCAAGCUGCCAGGGAGGAGGAGCUGCGUCGGCAGAUGGAGGCCUACUUGCAGCAGCUAGCGGAGGAGGCUGAGCAGGCGCGGUUGGAGGAGGAGCGGCGCCAGAAGGAGGCAGAGCUCCGGGAGCGAUUGGAACGGGAGCGCCGGGCGCGGGAGGAGCAACAGCGCCAGGAGCUUUUGCGGCAGCAGGCAGAGGCCGCGCAGCGGCGGGCCAUCCAAGAGAAGCUGCGUCAGAUCAGCCCCUGCCCUGCGGGCUUCAACUGGUACAAAACCGGCGGCGGAUGGCGAUGCGGAGGCGGAAGUCAUUUUGUGUCAGAUGAGCAGCUGCAGCGUCAGUUUACCCACUGAUGCGGAGAGAGAGGGGUGGGCAAGUGCGAAGCAAGCCCAAGGUUGGCUUCGUAGCCCUGCCCGCCCCAUCAGACACCCAGACAUGGGUGGACCGUGAGGCAUGUGUCAGAAAUAGCUUUGAGCCAGCAGGAUCCUUUGG